CUUAUCUUCUAAUUGGAGUAAAUAUGGAAUGCUUGGACCGCAUAAAUCGAUGUCUAACAACCCCACCUUAAAGAAUUCUUUAUAAAUAAUAAUUUAUCCCGAUCUAAACCUGCAAUAACCACAAACGCAUCGCUAAAGCAUUUAAGGGGGCUCUCAGCUACGAGAAAUGUGCCAUCAUUCGAAGAAUUCCUCAAUAAAAGGGAUUACACUGGAGCUUUAACUUUGUUAGAGUUUAAACAAUUCCAAGACCCAAACGUUAACAUAGAAUUAUGGAUGGCUUAUUGCGCGUUUCACAAAGGCGAUUAUAAGAAAGCUUUAAACAUUUACAAUCAAGUUUAUUUAAAAAAUGGGAACUCUAAUUAUAUCUGUUUAAAUUUGGCUUGUUGUUACUUCUACUUGGGAAUGUAUAAAGAGUCGAAAGAGAUGUUACAAAAAGAAUUGGAAUCAUGUCCAUUAAAAAUCCGAUUAAAUUUCCAUUUAUCGCAUAAAUUAAGCGAUGAAACUGGGUUGAUGGAUCACCACGAACAACUUCUUGAUAUAAUCGAAGAUCAACUCAGUUUGGCGGCGAUUCACUACUUAAGAGCCCAUUAUCAAGAAUCAAUCGAUAUUUAUAAACGAUUAUUGCUUCAAAAUCGGGAUAAUCUAGCGUUAAAUGUUUACAUAGCUCUUUGUUAUUACAAACUGGAUUAUUACGAUGUUAGCCAAGAGGUUUUAAGCGUUUAUUUGAAUCAAUUUCCCGACUCUGUUAUCGCAACAAACUUAAAAGCGUGCAAUCAUUUCCGGUUGUAUAAUGGUCAAGCCGCUGAAAGUGAAUUAAAAACGAUUACGGAUCAAAGUACAAAUGUGGGGUUUGGACACGAUUUAGUUAAACAUAAUUUGGUGGUUUUUCGAAAUGGAGAGGGGGCGAUGCAAGUUUUGCCUGGAUUAAUUGAUGUGGUUGCCGAAGCAAGAUUAAAUUUAGUUAUUCAUCAUUUAAAACAAAACGAUACGAAGGAAGCUUACGAUUUAAUUAAAGAUUUGCAACCAGCGGUUCCUCAAGAAUAUAUUUUAAAAGGGGUCGUUAACGCUGCUUUGGGGCAAGAAAUGAAUUCUGUUAAUUAUUCUGAAUACAUAAAAACCGCUGAAGAAUGCUUCCAAUUAGUUGGAUCGUCAUCAAGCGAAUGUGACACAAUCCCCGGAAGACAAUGCAUGGCAGCCGCUUUCUUUUUAGCGAACCAAUUCGAGGAAGUUUUAGUUUACCUAACAUCAAUUAAAUCAUAUCUCCACGCAGAUGACACAUUCAAUUUUAAUUACGCCCAAGCCAAAGUUGCUUGCGACCAAUUUAAAGAGGCUGAAGAAACGUUUUUGUUAAUACAAGAUGAAGCCAUCAAAGCGGAUUACGUUUAUGUAUCGAGUUUGUGUCGGUGUUAUGUGAUGAACGGGAAACCACAAUCGGCAUGGGAAAUGUAUUUAAAAAUGGAAACUGGCUCGGAUAGUUUUAAUUUGUUACUUUUAAUUGCUAACGAUUGUUAUCGGAUGGGGGAGUUUUGGUAUGCGGCGAAAGCUUUUGAUAUGUUGGAUCGGUUGGAACCGAAUCCUGAGUUUUGGGAGGGUAAAAGAGGUGCUAUUGUUGGAGUUUUUCAGGGUGUAAUUGCAAAAAAAUUUCCUGUUGAUAUGUUAGGGGAUGUUUUGCAAUUAUUAAGAAACUCAACGUCGUCUCAAUCAGACCACAUCGCUAAAGUAAUCCGGAAAUGGGCCAAAGAGAAACGAAUCAGCGUUAUUUAAUUAAUGUUAUUAAUAAAACGAAAAUUAAGAAAUAAAUUACAUUUAUUUAAAAUAC